AUGGCAAACUUUCAUUUCUACUUCGCCAGCUGUGUGCUGCUGCUGACUUUGAGCUGGCGUACAUCUACAGGACUCCCGGUGCGCACUCUGGACGCAGAGAAUUGUGCACAAUGCUCAGUGCUCUUCAAGAGCCUCUUGCUCAAUAUAACUGAGCUUCUCAACAAUGAUCUUUUGUGUUAUGGCAUCCGAUCCGACAAAGUGGCGCUGAGGAGUAAUGCUGAGACAGUGCUGACCUGCGCACCCGCUCUGACACAGAAUUCAGGUUGCAUAAUGCAAAGAAAUUCACCCUUCAGUGAGAGUGAAUGUCUGCGUAACAUCAUGAAGGACUUGGGUUACUAUGCUGCUGCUAUUGAUUCCUACUUCAAUUUUCCGCUCAGACGUUCUGAGGAAGAAAAGUCACUUCUGAAACCAACCCUGGGAAUGAUACAGACCCUGAGGAAGAACUGCUCCCUGAUGCCAGACGCAGGGAAUGACUCCUCUGAGGAGAACCCUGCCCAGAUGUGGGGAAACGACAGCUUCAAUAACAGGCAGGAGAUGUGUAAGAUGAUGAGAGGUUUCCACAUUCGAACCAUCACCAUCAACAGAGCUAUGGGCUACAUCUCCUCAGGAGACCACAUGCAGUAA